CCAAGUCUUACAGGAGUAGCGUAAAUGCAUGGAAAAUAAAUAUAUCGCUUAAUCAAAUGUCUUAAAUAAUCGCUUUCGUGUACCGUUACUUUAAAUGAAGACAAUACACUAAUCACACAAAGUCUUUGGGACUUUAAGAAAACAUUAGAAUCCAAAAGACAAGGAAAAUCGUUACAAAAACUCGGGGACAAGCUAGUAAACUAAGCUAAAGCAAAUAUGUUUAUUUAUCUCAGUAAGAAGAUUGCCAUUCCAAACAAUACAGUUUUAAAAUGCAUGUCCUGGAACAAAGAUCAGGGGUUCAUCGCUUGUGGAGGAGAGGAUGGCCUUUUGAAAGUGCUCAAACUUGAGACUUACACAGAUGAUGCUAAACUGAAAGGUCUGGCUGCUCCCAGCAAUCUGUCCAUGAAUCAGACGCUGGAGGGCCACAGUGGUGCGGUACAGGUUGUGACAUGGAAUGAACAAUACCAGAAACUGACCACCAGUGACCAGAAUGGGCUCAUCAUUGUUUGGAUGCUUUACAAAGGUUCAUGGUAUGAAGAGAUGAUUAAUAACAGGAAUAAGUCUGUGGUGAGAAGCAUGAGCUGGAACGCUGAUGGGCUAAAGAUCUGUAUCGUGUACGAGGAUGGUGCUGUGAUUGUGGGCUCAGUGGAUGGAAACAGGAUCUGGGGUAAAGAACUGAAAGGGACUCAGUUGGCACAUGUGGCCUGGUCUCCUGACAGUAAAAUCCUGCUUUUUGGAAUGGCCAAUGGAGAGAUCCACAUCUAUGACAACCAGGGAAACUUCAUUAUGAAGAUGACCUUGAGUUGUUUGGCAAAUGUAACAGGUGCCCUCAGCAUAGCAGGUAUCCAUUGGUACCCCGGCACAGAGGGGUAUCUGGAGCCAGACUGCCCCUGCUUGGCACUUUGCUUCACCAAUGGGCACUGCCAAAUGAUGCGGCAUGAGAGCGAUGACAAUCCUAUUAUUAUUGAGACAGGCAUGUGGCAUGUGGCCAGUAUUCAGUGGAAUCACUGUGGCAGUGUUCUGGCUAUAGCAGGAUCACUCAGAAACAGUGGAGCAGAAAAAGACAUAAACGUUGUUCACUUCUACACUCCGUUCGGAGAACACUUGCGGACUCUGAAAGUUCCGGGUAAGCAGAUGACUGCUGUAUCAUGGGAAGGUGGAGGACUCAGAAUCGGCCUGGCUGUAGAUUCCUACAUUUACUUUGCCAACAUUCGGCCAGACUACAAGUGGGGUUACUGCAGUAAUACGGUGGUGUAUGCAUACACGCGUCCUGAUAGGCUGGAGUACAGCGUGGUGUUCUGGGACACUAAAAAUAAUGAGAAGUUUGUGAAAUACAUCAAGAGUCUCAUGUCCAUCACCACCUGUGGUGAUUUUUGCAUCCUGGCCACCAAAGCGGAUGAUACACACCCACAGGAAGAAGCAGAGACUGAGGCUGUAUCUGCGCUGGCAUUUAAUGAGCUGUCCAAUCAAAACUUCCCAAAGGAACAGUCUAGGAGGAGAAAGUAUGUCCUGGUGUUGUGUAACUCCAUUGGAACCCCACAGGACUCCAAAUACAUUGACACUGACCCCCUGUUCGUAACUAUGACAAAGACUCAUGUGAUCGCUGCAUCUAAGGAGGCGUUUUACAUUUGGCAAUAUCGUGUUGCCAAGAAACUCACUGCUCUUGAAAUCAACCAGGUUGCAAAGACCAGAAAAGAAGGUCGAGAGAGGAUUUAUCACAUUGAUGACAGUCCAAGCGGAACAUCGGAAGUGACACUGAACAAUGCCAAGACUUUCACAGCCACAAGAGAUCCGAUCUGCUGCAUCACAGCUUCAGACAGGAUGCUUAUAGUGGGUCAUGAGUCUGGCAUCUUGCAGAGGUACAGCCUACCCAACAUCGGCCUCCUGCAGAAAUACUCCCUCACCACCAGACCAUAUCAGGUGUCUCUAAACUGUAACUCCAGCCGUCUGGCUAUUAUAGACAUUACAGGCCUGUUGACAUUUUUGGACAUAGAGACGAGGGCUUCUUCAGGGGACACAGAGGGUGGGUCCACGGCCGGAGACCCAUCUAAAUUCGAGCGCAAGGAUGUCUGGGAUAUGAAGUGGGCCAACGACAACCCAGAUCUGUUCUCCAUGAUGGAGAAAACCAGAAUGUAUGUCUUUAGAAACCUGGACCCUGAGGAGCCAAUUCAAACGUCUGGCUUCAUCUGCCACUUUGAGGAUCUGGAGAUCAAAUCUGUUCUUUUGGAUGAGAUUAUGAGGGAUCCAGAGGUUCCGAAUAAAGAUUAUUUAAUAAACUUUGAGAUUCGCUCACUGAGGGACAGCCGGGCACUGAUUGAGAAGGUUGGAAUUAAAGAUGCUUCUCAGUUUAUAGAGGACAAUCCCCACCCGCGCCUCUGGCGUCUGCUGGCAGAAGCAGCUUUGCAGAAGCUGGACUUGAAGAUGGCUGAGCAGGCGUUUGUGCACUGCAGAGACUACCAGGGCAUUGAAUUUGUGAAGAGACUGAGAAAUCUGCAGAGUGAAGCCAUGAAACAGGCAGAGGUGGCUGCUUACUUCAGCAGGUUCGAAGAGGCAGAGAGGAUGUACCUGGACAUGGACCGCAGGGACUUGGCGAUCAGUUUGCGAAUAAAGCUAGGUGAUUGGUUCCGAGUCCUGCAGCUGCUGAAGACAGGGUCAGGUGACUCAGAUGAUGCUCUGUUAGAGCAGGCCUACAAUGCCAUCGGAGACUACUUUGCAGACAGACAGAAAUGGUUGAAUGCAGUGCAGUAUUACCUGCAGGGUCGUAAUCAGGAACGUCUGGCUGAAUGUUAUUAUAUGCUGGAUGACUAUGAUGGUUUGGAGAAACUCGCUAACUCUCUACCUGAGAACCAUAAACUGCUACCAGACAUUGGCCAGAUGUUUGUUACGGUGGGAAUGUGUGAGCAGGCAGUUAGUGCAUUUCUGAAAUGUAACCAGCCCAAAGCAGCUGUGGACGCCUGCGUGCAUCUAAACCAGUGGAACAAAGCUGUUGAACUUGCCAAAAACCACAGUAUGAAGGAGAUUGGCCCUCUGCUGUCUAAAUAUGUCUCACACUUGCUGGAAAAAAACAAAACAUUAGAGGCUGUGGAGCUGUACAGAAAAGCCCAUCACUUCCUGGAUGCUGCUAAACUCAUGUUUAAGAUUGCUGUAGAAGAGGCGAAAAAGAGAACAAGACCAUUGCGAGUGAAGAAACUGUAUGUGCUCGCUGCUCUGCUGGUGGAAAACUUCCACACUCAGAUCAAAAGUUCACAGCAAAGCAAAACCAAGGGCAAGAAAUCAGAGGCCACCAGUGCAUUAGCAGGGCUGUUAGAGGAAGAUGAGUCGUCUUCAGACAGCCGAAUACUGGAUGAUGCCUGGCGUGGGGCAGAGGCCUAUCAUUUCUUCCUGCUCGCACAGAGACAGCUAUAUGAUGGCAAGGUGGACGCAGCCAUGAGGACAGCUCUUCAUCUCUGUGAUUAUGAGGAUAUUAUCCCUGCUGUGGAGAUUUACUCUCUGCUAGCAAUCUGCUCCUCUGCCAAUUGUGCGUUCGGUACAUGCUCAUGUGCCUUUAUCAAGUUAGAGUCUCUGGAAACACUGACUCCAGAUCAGAGGCAACUUUAUGAAGACCUGGCCCUGGAGAUCUUUACCAAACACAGCCCUCGAGACACCCGGCAAAGCCAGCGAGACAGCCUCACUGAUGGGCCGGAGGGAAAGUUACCCACCUGUAUUGUGACAGGAAGAGUGAUAUCUGAGUAUCAGUUCUGGUUGUGCAGUGUGUGUAAGCAUUGUGCUUUGGAACAGGAGAUUACACAACACAACUUCUGUCCUCUCUGCCACUCUCCAGUGGCUUAAACUUUGCCCUGUGUCCUUUUCAAUGCUCAUCUCUUGCUCUGUUAAAUGUCACAUAGGGCACAAUGAAAUCUGUCAUAGAGUUACAAGGUUUAAAAUAUAUCAUUUGGAUUUUCAAAGAAAUGUAUUUAUGAAUUGAGCCUGUUUUGUAUGCCAAUUUCAUAUAUUUAUGUAUAGAUUUACAUUAUUUACUUUAAAUACCAAUAUUUUACAUAUAGUGCAAAGAAAUAUUGUUUUACUGUUUGUAGAAUUAUGAGUGAUUCAUCUUAGAUCUGGGUAACAUACUGUAUGUGUGUAAUUAUAUGCCACAAAUCCCCAAAGAAGCUGAAGACAAACAUGCUGCUCCAAUAAAUGCAUUUUGUAAAAUGGGUUGAGUGCUCGUAUGUUUAGCAUCAAACUAACAUUAGCCAGAACAAAAAAUGCCUUUAAUUUAAAUAUAUAAUUUCUUAGAAUAACUCUCUUAAAAAUUUACUUUUCUGUUUACAGCUAGUUAAUUCUGCUAUGUAUUGGGAAUUUACCUGUCCAGUGGAACUGUUAUAGCAUAUGUCUUUUCAUCCUGUCAUAUCUCACAUUCUUAUUCCAUGCUGACCUCUACAGUCGGGAGUAUUGACGCUUCUGCCAAAAUGGUUUGCAUCACUAGCUGCAUGCAAAUACUUGAAAAAUGUAUUGAUUUGUGUCUGAGAAUAAGUCAUGACAUAAUUCUUUAUUGUUAAAUCAAGGUUCAUUUUCGUCUUUGUAUUAAUACAGAUGUAAAAUUAAAAAAAAUAUUUUAAAGCAUAAUAUUCUGCAGCUGCAUGUGUCCCUUGCUGCCUCUAGAGGGCACCAUCUGUUAGUUUGUCUCUGCACGUGCGACAGGUGCUGCGGGACCUGCUUUAGCCGAGCAAAUUGGAAGUUUGAAAACAAAAACCACUCGCUGUUUAUACUGUUAUAAUUUUUUAUUUCACACUUUCUAAAGGUCAAUGCUGUAGGCCUAUAUCGAAGUUUCUUUCACAUCUCAACCCCCAACUGUCAAUACAAAAUAAAAUUAAA